AUGGAGGAAAAUCAGCACAUCUCCCAUGGAAAGAAGAAGACAUGGAAGAGAAUAAUUCAUAUUCCUCCACACAACCAGCCCACAACCGUAAUAUUAUUAUUAUUAUUAUUAUUAUUAUUAUUAUUUGUGGCGGCCGCCCCCCCAGCUUCCUCCUCCUCCUCUUGGGACGGUAUCAUCGUAACGCAGGCCGAUUUCCAAGCCCUCCAAGCCUUGAAGCGUGACCUAAUCGACCCCAAAGGCUUCCUCAGAAGCUGGAACGAUUCUGGCUUCGGAGCUUGCUCCGGCGGGUGGGCCGGAAUCAAAUGCGCCCAGGGCCAGGUUAUUGUCAUCCAGCUCCCCUGGAGGGGUCUCUCCGGCACCUUGACCCAAAGGAUCGGCCAGUUUCAAGCUCUGCGUAAGCUCAGCCUCCAUGACAAUCAAAUUGGCGGUGUAAUUCCCAUCUCUCUAGGUUUUAUCCCCACCCUCAGAGGAUUACAGUUGUUUAAUAACAUGUUUUCUGGUUCAAUCCCUUCUUCCCUCGCCCUUCCUCCCCUUGUGCAAACUAUUGAUCUCGCCAACAAUUCCUUGUCUGGGGUUAUACCACCUACCCUGCUUAACUCAACUAGGCUUUUCAGCCUUAAUUUGAGCUUUAACUCCUUGUCCGGCUCAAUCCCAAUUACCUUUGCUCAGUCCCCAUCUUUGCUCUACCUUGCUCUUCAGAACAACUCUCUUUCCGGUUAUAUCCCGCCUUCUUGGCCUCCUCAGCUGCAGUAUCUUAACCUCCGGAAUAAUCAACUUACUGGUUCUCUUCCUACUAACAUUGCCAAUCUCUCAAGACUUACUGCGCUUGAUUUGUCUAGUAAUUUCUUGAAUGGGACCCUGCCCGAUAGCUUUUCCAAUUUAAAAAAUCUCUCACUUCUUGAUUUGAGCAGUAAUCGACUUGCAGGUCCAAUCCCGGUCUCCAUUGGCAUUAUCUCCUCGCUUAGGGAGCUCUAUUUGUCUCACAACAAUCUGAGUGGUGAGAUUCCAAAUUCUCUAGGGGACUUGCCAAAUCUUCAUUCUUUUAAUGUCUCGUACAACAAUCUAUCCGGCCCCGUUCCUACAAAUCUCUCCUCGGAAUUCGACCCAAGUGCAUUUGAGGGCAAUCUCGGGCUCUGUGGGUACAGCCCCUCGACCCCAUGUCCCGUGUCACCCUCCCAAACACCUGCGCCCCCCAGAAAACGACACCGAAAGCUAAGCACCAAGGACAUCAUCCUAAUUGUGGCAGGGGCCCUCCUCGUAAUUUUGCUUGUCAUCUGCUGUGUCCUGCUGUGCUGUCUGCUGAGGAGAAGGAAGACGAGUAUGGAUGGCAAAAAUGGGAAAACGGGUGAGGCCAGGGGCGAAAAGGGCAUUCCCCCCACAGCGGCCGAGGUGGAGGCGGGGGGCGAGACGGGCGGGAAGCUUGUUCACUUUGAUGGGCCAUUGGUUUUCAGUGCGGACGAUCUGUUGUGUGCGACGGCCGAGAUAAUGGGGAAAAGUACUUACGGGACAGUGUAUAAGGCGACGAUGGAAGACGGGAUUCAAGUUGCAGUUAAGAGGUUGAGGGAAAAGAUGAGUAAAGGGCAAAGAGAGUUUGAGAGUGAGGUUAAUGCGCUUGGGAAGAUUAGACAUCCUAAUCUUGUUGCGCUUAGAGCUUAUUAUCUGGGUCCCAAGGGGGAGAAACUGCUUGUUUUUGACUACAUGCCUAAAGGGAGUCUUGCUACUUUCCUUCAUGCACGUGGUCCGGACACAGCAAUCUCGUGGGAUAUGAGGAUGAAGAUUGGGAAGGGCACGACAAGAGGGCUAGUGUACCUCCACAACAAUAUCAACAUCAUCCACGGGAACCUGACAUCAUCCAACAUCCUGAUAGACGAGGACGGGAACCCCAAAAUCGCAGACUACGGCCUUUCGCGCCUCAUGACAGCAGCUGCAAACGCCAACGUGAUUGCCACCGCUGGGGCCCUCGGCUACCGUGCUCCCGAGCUGUCGAAGCUGAAGAAGGCCACCACCAAGACGGACAUCUACAGUCUGGGUGUCAUCCUACUGGAGCUCCUUACGGGGAAAUCCCCCAGUGAAGGUGGUGAAGGUGAAGGAAGAGUGGACUUGCCACAGUGGGUGGCGUCCAUCGUGAAGGAGGAGUGGACAAACGAGGUGUUUGAUGUAGAGCUCAUGAGGGAUGCCUCUGUUAUUGGCGACGAGCUGCUCAACACAUUGAAGCUCGCCUUGCACUGUGUCGACCCCUCCCCCUCUGCACGCCCGGAGGCCCAUCAGGUGUUGCAGCAGCUGGAGGAGAUUAGAGGAGGAGCAACCACAACUAGCUCCGGAGAUGAUAAUGAUGCAGCAGUAAUGUAG